UUUUCUUUUUUUUUUUUGUUGUAAAAGUUUGGACCACCCGGGGAGCGUACCAUACCCACGCGGCUCAAGUUAGACACGUCCCCUCUCUCUCUGAUCGCCAGACCACCAAACGUCAGCCACCCUGUCAUCGGUUGAACGGGAAACAGAACGAAACCCAGUUCAGCACAAUACUCAUUCUACUCAAUAAUUACUUCUCGAUAGCGUUGACAAUUGAAGCCGACCCAGAAAGGGUUUCUCAAGGCCAAGGUUACUUGUUGGAAGAUUAAUAGGAAUGGACGAAUAUGCUGCUCAGAAUGCAGAUGCCAGUUACGCAGAGUUGGGAGAAAUACAUGCACACGAAGGUGUUACUUUUGAUUCCAAGGACAUGGGAGAAACAGAAAGUUUUGACAAAUAUGCCAUUGAAGUUUUGACUAGAGUGGACUUGGACUUGGCAUAUUCUUCUGAAAAGUUGGUUAAUUUGGACAAACUCUUGAUGCAUGUUUUGGCAUGCGAGAAUGACCUUGAAGCAAUGUCCUUGAGCAAUGGCCAUUCCUCUGUAAAUCUUAUAGAGAAAGCCCUGGUGUUUGAUUUCCUAUCUGGUUUUUUGGAUUCUGAGGUGGAAGUGCUGGACGAUUUCAUGGUUGCGCUCCACAGAGUGGUUGUUGAUACCCGUGAGAAGGUAGAUGCAUUUUGUUACAUGAGGGAAGAGUUCAUUGUAAUGGAAGACAAGUUGAACGAUUCAGAAGAAUUGUUGAAGCAGUCACAAGAGCAAGUCUUAGAAAUCAGUAUGCAGUCAGUCAAGUUGCAGAGAACCUUGUUCGCUUUUAAACAUAAUGAUUGGAAAUAUGACGAGGGUACAGGUUUAUCAGGAAAUGGUGGAUUCUCAAGCAUGGAUGAGCAACCAAAGCUACAUACUGAUACAGUGGAACAAAAAAGGCAUAUUUUGAGAAUGCUGGAGAAAUCUCUUGGAAGGGAGCUAUAUCUUGAGAAGAAGUUAUCUGAAUUCAAACAAAAUGAAGAAGAUCUGAAACUAAAGUUGCAUUUAACGGAACAAGUAGCUUUCUGCAUGGAGGAAGCAGCAGAGGUUGUUUGGGGAAGGUUUCUAGAGGCAGAAAACACAUCUGAGGUCCUAAUGGGUAUAUCAAAGGAAAUGGUUGGUCGUCUUCAAAUAAAUCAGUUCAAUCAAAAUGGUUCAAUGAAACAAGAAGAUGAGGCGAAAUGGAAACUUCUAGAUUGCAUGGAACAGCUAAAAGGCAGAGAAAAUGCAAUGAGAGAGCUUGAAAUGAGAAUUGGAGAGCUUAUUACAGACAAUUUUGAAGUAGGGGCUUUAAGGGAAAAAGUAAAGUUGCUCGAAGAAAAGCUGAAAGAAUCUGAUUCCCGGAUUAAAAGUGCAAAUAAAUCCAAUGAAGAAAAAGAAGAACAGCUUAGACAUAUGGAAAGCAUCAUUGAGUCUAUUGAUAUUUUGGAAAGUAGGGCAGAAAGUGCAGAGGCCAAGAUAACACAAUUGACAGAAACAAACAUGGAACUUAAUGAAGACCUGAGUUUUCAUAGAAGCACUAAUCAAUCAAACGCAAAGAAGCUGAGUUUAGUUGAGAAACAGUUGAGGGAAUUGGAAAUCCAGCAACAGCACACCAAAGCAUCAUCUGAAGCAAGUCAGGAGCAGCAGAACAUGUUGUAUUCCGCUAUUUGGGAUAUGGAGAUUUUGAUUGAGGAACUGAAAUCCAAGGUCUCCAAAGCCGAAGUUAAGACUGAAAAUGCCGAGGAGCAGUGUAUCAUAUUAUCGGAAAACAACAUUGAACUGACCAAAGAAGUAACAUUUAUGAGAACGGAAAUAGAAAGGUUGGAGACGGCUUUGGAGCAAGCUAGUGAUAUUAAAGUAGCGAGUGCAAAAGAUAUUAAUGUUAAGACGAAUGUUAUUAUGGACAUGGUGGUGCAACUAGCCAUGGAAAGGGAGCGCAUUCAGAAGCAGUUGUCUUCUUUAGCAGACGCGAAUAGAAUUCUGGUGGCUAAGUUGAAGAAAUCAGAAAGGAGUACUUCUGACAGUUUACAUGAAGAGGGGAUCGGUGAUGAUGUAUCGUGUCUUUCUUCAAAGACCGGUGCAACUAAUGGUUCUUGCGGAGAAGCUUCUGAGGCAGUGAGGGAAUCAUCUUCUAGAAAUUUUGAGGCGCAUGAAUCCCCGAAAGAUGCACCAGUAUACGAGUCUGAAGUGGGAUCUUCCGGUACAACAAAUGGUGCCACUGACGCGGUUCUGAAGCUUGAGCCUGAGAGUGAGUUAGAGGCAAGGGAGCCCAAUGUCACUAACCGAUUUUUAGUUUAUUUGGCAAUCAUUGUUUUAUUGCUUUCGUCGCUAGCAUCGUACAUAUUUAACAAGAAAUUCAUUCUUUCUGGUGUUGAUACUUAGCAGUACGCUUGAUUUCAGUGCACAAGUUGGGCGUAAAUUGUUUGAAGUUUGAACCACUUUCAGAUUGGUUGGUGUGGCCUUGAUAAGUCCCUUAUCUUGCCCACAAUUUGAGUUGUGUUCUUUCAGGAUUGUAACUAAGCAAAAAUUAGGCACAUUGUGAAUAAUUGUAAGGACAUUUUAUCAUUUAUUUAUGUGUUGAUAUCAAAAAACGUGUUUAC